AUGACCCCCCGUAUUAAACAAUCAGAGCUUCUGAAACCGGUCUAUUCAGAUGGGAAGGAAGUUGUAUCCGGGGCACCAAAAGAUCUUGUAACAAGUAGGGUAGUUAGAAUUUAUCAAGAGGCAAAGCCAGCUACACAAUCAGGACACCAUAAUGGUGAUCAUUGGAAGUUGGAUUGGGAUGUAUUGGGGAAAGGGAACAGAUGGGAGAACGACUUGAUGGGAUAUCAGGGCUCUUCCGAUUAUAUGCAAGGAACAAUUAUGAAAUUUGAUACUAAAGAGGCUGCUGUAAGGUUUGCUGAAAACCAGGGUUGGGACCAUUAUGUUCAAGAACCUAAAAAGAGACAUUUUAGAAAGAAAGAUUAUUCUGCUAAUUUCUAUCAUUCAGCAGGGCCACUAAAACACAUUAGAACUAAGUGA